CUCCCAAACACAAAUAAUAUUCUACACCUGUGACGAAUAACACUCAUCCGGAUUCGCUCCAUUCCUAACUCGGUCCUGAUAUUACAUAUAGCAACCAUCAUGGCGGGUUCCACAGAUACAGUGAAAGUACCAAGAAAUUUUAAAUUAUUAGAUGAGUUAGAGACUGGACAGAAGGGUGUUAGUGACGGCACAAUAAGCUGGGGUUUAGAGAAUGAUGAUGAUAAUACAUUAACACACUGGACAGGAACAAUUAUAGGACCACCAAGGACACCAUUUGAAAGUAAAAUAUACACAUUAAAACUAACCUGUGGUGAAUACUAUCCAGACAAACCUCCAAUAGCUAGAUUUGUAUCCAAGUUAAAAAUGACAUGUGUACUUGAUUCUGGCCCUCAGACAGGUUUGGUUGAUUCCAGGAAGGUAGAUGCAUUAAGAAACUGGACACAUGAAUGCUCAAUUAAACAGAUUUUAAUGGAUAUCAGAAAACAAAUGACACUUAAAGAAAAUUUUAAAUUCUCUCAACCACCAGAAGGAACUAGUUUUAGUUAAAUGAAAUCUUUUCUUGUUUGGUUUUCCUAGAUACUGAUGGGGUGUGUAAUUAAUGCCAAGGUCUGAUCUAGUCAUGGCAACUAUUUGGAAGGGAGGUAACCAUGGCUUAACUAACAGAUUGUCUCCCCAUUAUUUGCUAAGUUAGUGAAAGCUUUACAAGUUAAGAGUAUAUACCUUAUGGCAAAAAUCUUUCUUCCAAAUAGUUACAGAGAAGGAUCGAUUAAGUGCUAUGAUGAAUAUUUUUGGAAGCUCACCUACAUUGAAACUGUAAAACAACUAAGAAAAAGAAAGGAUAACAUUGAUUUUUAUGUAAAUCCAUAGUUACAGUAAUAUAAUGAUAAAAAAAAUAGUUUUUUUUAGACGUUUGCUGUAAUUGUUCCUUUUCGAAACCAAUUACAUGCUCAUAUGUAGAUGAACUUCCCAAAUAUAGUCUUUCUUUAAUGUAGUUGUAUGUAUAUUGCGGUAGAAAUAAAGGAAAAUCAUAACAAAAAUUGUAUGAAUCAUAAUUAUUGCUGACAAUGAAGAAGGACAACUUCUAUUAUUGAUGCUAAGAUAUAUUUUCCUAGCUGUACUAAAGAAUGUUUCUUAUUAAACAUAUCUCAAGAUAUAAAAAAAAUUUGAAAAAAAUAUAUUAACCUUCAUGUAGUUCUGUUCCUUUGUUGUCGACCGUUUCACUUGCAAGUUUUUUACUUAUGCCACUUCACCAUUUUGAUUUUGGAUAGCCUUCAACACAAAUUUUUAGAUUGUUUUUCAACCUGAUGAAAUUCAAUGCUGGUUAAAAUUUGACUUUAAGUAAAUUUUCCAAUUUCUUGUUAAAAGUCAGAAUAAUUUAUGUGUUUAUGCAUAACAAGAUCAGUAUUUUUAAUUUAUUUUGCAUAAAUAUUCAGGGUUUAAAUAAACUACAAAUAAUGUUACUUAUUAGUGACUUAUUAUGACAUAUUUCUUGCUUUAAAAUGAGUAUGUAUUUGAGAUUACUGAUAUUUUGUAUGUACAUGUAAUAUUAAUUUUCCAGUACAUAUGUUUUAUGUGCCACUGUUGUAAAAAGCAUCACAAAAGUAUUUCUCUAGCAAUUUUCACUAAAAGCUUACAAUGUCAUUUAUAGGAUAAAUGGACAACAAAAUUUCAUUUUUUUUAACGUAAAAAGUUUUAAGGAUUGGGAAAAUUGGUUUUUAUUUUUUCUGAUUUUGCUUAAAUAAAAUAGUUUGGCAACAAAAUUAUCAAGUAUAUUUUCAAAUCAUUUAUUCUUGGUCCCCAUUUGUCUUUAAAACUUGAGUUGAUUUUUUUUUAGAAUUAGAAACACAUGCACAUAGAUAAGUAUCCCUUAGGAAAGAGCAUAACUUAAACAAUUGAUUCUAUUUGAUAAUUAGCAUGAUAAAUUUAUAGUCUCAUUAAAUACAUUUUUGAAUAAUUAUAUUGUCAUUAAUUUUCUUAUUAUUUCCGAAAGACAUCUGUAAACUUAUCAGAAUAAGGAAUGUUUGAAGUAAGAUUUUUUUCUGCUAUAAUUGUACUUAAACUUUGCAAUGUAAAUGCUUAAACUUACUUCAGAUAUUUUAUUUCUGAAACUAAAUAAAUCUAGUGUAAAAAUCACCCUACAGUAAAUUAAACAACGGCUAUUAAUUAGCCUACAUUGUAUUUUGGAAGAACUUUUAUUUGUUGAUUUAGAUUUUCAUUGUUUGUUAAAAAUUAUUGCUUUUGAAUUCUUUGUUUCAGACUGAUUAUUUAUAAUAAACCAAUGGAAAAUAUGCAUUUUUUGGUAUUAAAAUUUGUAUUUUUGACUAACCAUGAAAACUAUGAAAGAAAAUUGUACUCUUAUUAAUUGAAGUAUUUCCUUUUCCUAAUACUUAAUGCUGCAAGUUUGAUCAUAAUAUCUUUAGAUUAGACAUUGCUAGAAUCUUUAACACUUGAAUUGAUAUGAUUGAAUCUUUAAUAAAAUAUCAUUAAGGAUGUACUUAGGUCAGAUUAAGUAAUUUUUGUUAGAUGUCAAAGGUCAUUUACCAAAAUUUAAGCAGAAUCUUGAUUUAUAUAUUUUCGAUUUGAGACCCAAAUAAUACUAGUGCAAAUAUAAGAUAAAGAGUCACCCCUUCCCAACAUUUUUCAAGAUCUUGUAAAAAGAGUUUCAUUACCUAUUUAUAUAUUUAUCUGACUUUGUUCCUUAACUAAUGCUUUUCUGACUUAUAGUAUCAGUUUUAAAAUCCAGAUUUAUUUAAAAUCACCUAAGUACAUCCUUAACAUGUAAUUCAUAACACCUGUAUAGAGAUACCUGUAGUUCUGUAUCAGUAUUAUUUAAGGGGAGAUCACUCCAUUAAUUUGUCUAGCUUUGUAAACUCUUUGUAGGGAAUGUAGGUUGAAUGUCUGAACAUCAUAUGCAUUCCUUAUUUCACUUUUUGCUUGAUAUGUUUGAAAAUAAACUGUACAUUCAAUUCAUUAA